CGUUAAACAGCUCACAAACCUGCGGGGGACUCCUGGGGUGUCAUUCUCCCCCGCCUCGUAACGGCAAGUCGGAAAACUGCUGCCCAGAGCGCAUGCAGAGGAACAGCCCAGACCCGCUCUUCUUCUGCCUUGUUUCUCUUUUUUUCAUUCUCCUCGUCUUCUUGUAAGUUGUCAAGCUUCCUAGAUGACGGCCAGCACUUGAGGCGCGUCACUUCUGAGUAGUGAUCCAUCUUGCCUUCAAAUUGUCAUGAUGUGGUUUGGUCGGAGGCCUGUUCUCCGGCGAUCGGCUUCAGCCCAGCCUCGCCUUCGACGCCGAAGAGAAAUUGAUGCAUCCGAUGUUCAGAUCUUGUCUUCUCUUCCUGAUCCAUGCCAUUCUUCCCUAUCUCUCCCCGUUUAUCCCUCUUCUAGCAUUUCUCUAUCCCUCACUUCUCCCUUUUCUCCUCUCCUUUUCCGUUCUUCUCUCUCUUUGUCAGCUUGGUCUGCUUUCUCUUCUUCCCUCUGUUCCUCGUUCCAGUCCUCGUCUCCUGGGGGCGCGCGCGUUCCUCUGCAGCUUGCUUCGCCUCUUUGUGCUUCUCGUCUCUCUUCGUCGUUCUCUGUCUCCUCUUCGCGCUUCGAAUCCUCGUCCCGCCUUCCUCCCGCUUCUUCUUCCUUUGCUGCUUCCGCUUCGUCGUCUUCUCUUUUCUCUUCUUCCUUCUGCUCCGUUUCAUCUCCUGCAUCGUCUCCCGCGGCUUCCCCGUCAGAAGUCUCUCGUCAGCCGCUGUUCCCUUCCGGGCCGGUCGAGUCCGAGCCGUGGAAUUCGGUUUAUACUCGAGAUGCGCAAUCCGCUGCCGCCGCGGCCGUCGCUGCAGUGGCUGCUGGACCUGUGGCCCGGCCGACUCAUCGCGCAGUUCGUCCUGCCCCUUCUUCGUCUGUCUCUUCUGUCUCCCUUCCGCGUUCUCCCGCCUUGGCGUCUGCUCGCGCGCGCGUCGGGUGCUCCACGCAGUUGAAGUCGCAAGCGGCGCAUGCAGCGGCGAGGUUCGGCGUCUCUCGGACUGGCGAAAGACGAAACGCAGAGCCGAGUCCUUCCGCAGCGCCUCCGGAGCCUCGUGCCAGCGUCGCGUCUCGACGCAAAAUCGUUUCCUCUCACACCGAAUGGGAGUGGCGCAUGCAAGAGAGAGAACGCCUUGCGCAGCGUCUGGCAGCAGGUCCCGAAUGGCCUCAGACCAGCGCCCCUCCCGAGCAGCAGCUCGAGAAGCAGGCAGUUCUUGGGGACAUGCCUGGCCUCCGGGAUGGAGAAAACGAGUCGCAGGCAAUGUUCGUCUCUCCCGACAGAAACAGAAUGAGAGUGGAGGGAAGCAGCGGCAGCGAGUCUAGGAAGGUAGAGAAGGAGAUCAGCAGCAGGGCAACGGGCGGAGUCGACCGCGAGACGGAGACGCAGGAAUGUGAGGGUGGAGGAACACAGCAAGUAGAAGCACAAAGGUUCGCGCAACGUGGAGGACGGUUCAUCGAAGGGUGGCGAAAGCUCUUUGCUUUCUUCUCGCGUCGUCACACUCCCGCCUCCAGAGCGAACUUCCCCUACUCUGAACAUGCAUUGUCUUCCCCGAUACUUGUCGCAGACAAAAAAGGCUCCUCUCUCCGUACCCGUCCUCAAUCCUCCACUCAGACUUCUUCAGUGGUCCCCAUUGCUUCCUCGUGCGAGGCGUCUUCGUCUGUCGCAGCGGCGGCAUCGGCCUUCGACGCGUCUACCGGAGAAGAGUCCUGCAAAGCGAAAUGUUGCCCUUCUUCUCUUCUCGAAUACCCGCAGUUUCUUCUUUCAGCGAAAACGCGACUCACACAUCGACUGACGAGAAACAAGCGACUGAGAGAAACGAAAACGAGCGCGUCGUCGGAGCCGAAGGACUCUUCUCCUGCUCCCCAUUCUCGGGAGUCCUCGUCUUCUUCGCCUUUGUCUCCCUCCGAUUCUUCGACUGCCUCUUCUCCCUCGCGUUUGGCACCUCCCGGACUGGUCAAGUCGUUUCUCGGCUUCCUCGCCUUCCUUCCCCUCCGGGUGUUCUCCGUCUCGUUUUUCGCGCCUCUUCGUUCCCUCCUGUUGCGUCUGUGUCAGAGGGUCUGCCGGCCGUUCGCGGGACCUCUCGUAGACGAGCACAGAGUCAGUGAGUCGAGCCGCGAGAACAAGCAAGGCGACGAUCCUCAGGAAGUUGCCGCGUUGCUGGAGGAGGCGCGCCGCGCCGCGAGGCGCCGCGCAGAGGCCGCCGAGCGCGCCGCAGCUCUCAGGGCAGCGAAGACUCUGCAGCAGUCGGCGAGGCCUCCGAGUCGGACCUUUAGGGAAAUUCGUUUUCGUCUGCUUAGGCAAGGAGACGGCGCAGCCUUCGAAGGGCGCCUCGGCCUCGAUUUGGUGAGAGAACUUGAGGGGGACUUUCUGUUAGGUCGUGCAGCCCCAGCGGCCGGCGAGCAGAAGGGAACGGAGAGCGGGGAGAGCGAGACGAAGAAAGCGAAGACAGGAGACAGCGAUACCGGCGCUCGGAUCACUGGCGAAGAAGGAGGCGAAAUAGGGCAGAAACACAGGCGGGUCUCCUUCGAGUUGAGAGAAGAAGCGAUGGGAGGGAAGGGCACCUAUUACGCUUCGCCCAGCAUACGGAAUAGGAAGGAAGAGAAGGUCAGUACGCAUGCAGAGGGGGGUAAAACCGAAGCGGUUUCGCCUCCAGAUGCAGGGCAUUUUCCGGAUCGCGGGAGAGAAGAACGUGAGGGAGAAGAAGAGAGUGCCGAGGCUUUGCCAGACCAUAAGCGGGGGCCAGGAAAAGAGCUGGAGGAAGGCCGAGACUCGCAGGUCCGUGGUGAGGAGAGCGGGCGCAGCUCGCUUUCGCAGGAGAGGGAAAGUUUUCGUUCUCAGCGCGUCUCGGCUGAGGGUCAGGAGGUGGAGGCAGCCUCUGUCAAGGCGCUUGAAGAGGCAAAGUCGAACGACAGACCCGACGGCGAGAGCAACGAGCUGCGUCGCUUGUCACCCACCAGCCAGACAGAGCAAGAAGGCUCCGUCGAGAAAGAAGGGACAUCAGAGGCGACGAUGAACGACCAAGACGAGACAGGGAAGGAAAAACAAGACCAACGAGAGGUGCCUGUGCCCCGCGCUCUUCGCUUGAAUUCCGGCUCUGUCGCCUUUCCCGAAGCGCCCAAGUCUGGACUCGCCGAGGCCCUCUCGUCGCCGCUGCCGCCUCUCGAUGAGUGGAUGCGCAACUCCCUUUGUGGCUCGGGCGCCUGGGGGGAGAAGCACAGACGCGCGGUAGACGGAGACACAUCCGGACAGCCAAUUGCGUCGCCUCUCCCGCCCUUCCUCGCGGCCGCACAAGAGCGCCUCGUGUCUCUGUAUGCAGCGGCGACAGCGGCACACCAAGAAGCCUCGCAAGCGCGGCAGGCCGCCGCGGCGGCUGCGGCCGAGGCCCUGACCCUUUCUGUCCAAGGGGGGGUUCGGCCUUCUUCUACUCCACAGCUUGUCGGCGCGGAGGAUUCCAAUACCCCAGCUGCGAGGCCUCAGUCGAGCUCGAGCGACUCUCUUUCCCCAUCCCGCGACGAGGAUCCCCCAGCGGAUCCCAGACCUCUGAAGAGAGGCUGCUCUUCUGCCUCCGUCGCUUUGCCGUCUGGGGCCUCCUCGCCUGCUGUGACUCUGGCAGACGCGAGUGCAAAGGCGGCUGAAGCGCGGGACGCCGCCUCCGCAGCUGCUCUGCGAGCUGAAGCAGCGAAGAUGGAGUUUCUCAAGGAGGAAGAGGCGUUUCGAUCUUGCGUGGCGGACCACCAGAAACGCCUGCGUCAAUGCCUCGCCUUUUCCCCGGAAGCGGUUCGAAGCCAGCAGGGAGCAAGCGAGCGGCUGCCUCAAAUGGGCCCCAAGGAGACACUUGUGAGUGGAGUGGAAGGGCGAGAGCCUUCUCGCGGCGACGAACUCCGUCCCGAGAAGGCUGAGAGCGUCCUGGCGAAGGUCUUAGGUCAGGUGGAGCCCCCAGAAGCCUUUCCGUCUUUCGAGCCAGACAGCCAGGUUUGGAAGAACGUCGCCUUCGCGACAGCGGCUGCAGAACCUGUCCCCGCGCCGUAUCCCGGCGCCUGGAGUCCGUACCCUCCGUUGUCAGCGUUUCCUGGGUCGCCUGGCCCAGCUGUUGGAGGGUGGAACACGCUGCUGGGUCCUCGAAGUCGGGGGGGGCACUUCCCAGGACUUCACAGCCCAGGCAACGCGUUCGGGUAUUCCGGACCUGGAGAAAGAGGCCCCAAUGAACGAGCCAGUGGCCCAGUUGGCGGCAGAGGCCCCCUCCCUCCUACGAGCCUCAGAGGCGACCUCUUUCCUGUCCCGCCUUUCUGGCCGGUGCCGCGGGCCGCCGGAGGCUUCCGCGCACCGCCGAGCCUCCCGCCGUGGAACCCGCGGGCACCAGACCUUCGCUGGCUGACGUUUUUGUACGGCGAGAUCCAGGGAGUGAAGGAGGUGACAAAGUUUUAUCGAGGCGGUCGAGGCGUGGCGUCGGUCGAAGAGUGCCAGAGAGCUCUGGGCCUCGUUCUGAUGAGUUUGAAUGUUGACUUGCUCGUCUUGCCGGCCGACAUCAACCGAGUCGUCAGCCAGGUGCGGCCGGUGCUGAACAGCUGGGAACAAGCGUUUUCUGAGGCGAGCAGCAUGAUUCGGUUCUUCGCGGAAGACAGCCGCUUCGGGAAAUCCCGCUGCUUGGCCAUUAUCAAGGAUGCGGGGGCUCUUCUCGAAUGCGACGAGGCCCUGCAUCCAGACGGGGCGACCCCCAAGAUGUCCGCUCGAGGCGGAGCGACCCCCGAGGAGCCCCAUGGCAGCUCAACGACUCUGGCACAGGCAGGGACGCAGGCGUUCGUGCAGCGGUCACCCGCCUCACAACCUCACCCUGUGGAUGCACUUUCUCCAGAGGCCGCUUCUUCGUCCAAGGCUGACUCUUCAGCCGAAACAACGUCUUCGCCAGACGGGGCUUCAUUGCCAGAAGGCAGUUUGCCUCUUUCCCUUCAGGAGCCGGCGGCGCGUCUGGAGGCUCUGCUGACGCAUCGUCGGGUGCUCGGUCGGUUGCCGCCGAUUCUACUGCCGGGGCACAGCGACCCUGUAGAGGUCAAGGCAUUCUUCAACGUGCCUGGCUUUCUCGGGGGGCUCCGCCAAGACAUUGCGACCCUCAAUUUCGCCAUGCAUGCGCUGAAGCGGGAGAACACAUGCACCUUGGAUGACGGCUCCUCGAUCUCCCUCUGGGACAUGCAGAGGCCUGCGGCGUCGAGGCCGCCUCGCCCAGAAAAGGUGAGGAGCGAAGCGGCGAGGAAGGCGCCCGCGCCGAGGGAGAUCAAAAGCAUCAACGCCCUAGCCCCGAGAAAAGAGGUGCCUGGCCGGGACAGAAAGCCUGUCCAGGACACAGCUGGGGCAAGCGCGGUCGAAGCGAAGCUGGAGAAGGCAGCUCCAGUGAAGCAGGGAACGGACGCGACAGAAAGGAAGCCAGCAGAGUCCACCGCUGAGUUGCUGCAAUCGAUCCAGCGCGAGCAAGAGGCGCGACGUCUGGCCGAUGUCGAAUCGUUUGUCGAGCCUGAGUUCGCGCCGCACUGUUCUUCCAUUUCGCUCCCGAGUGCUGCCUCUUGUCGACCCGACGACUCACCAAAGGCAUGGCUCGGCGAUGCGCAUGGCGAGCAGAUCGUUGGUGGCUCCGCGUUCGGAUUCGUGGAGCAGCAAAUGCGGGCAAAGAAGAUGGAAAGCAAGACGAAACAAACAACGGAGAAGCCCCGAAAGGAAGGAGACUGGGAGACUCUUCACGUUAAGGACCUGACUAUCGGAGCUUUGGCAAGACACCUAAAGGUUCCCGAAUCCGACCUGCUCGGCGUCGCUACGCUGCUCCUCGAGGGUACGCCGGGGAGAGGAACCGUGACGUCAAGCACUCGCCUAGAUGAAGACGAGGCAGAGUUCCUCAGCGACGAACUAGGGAAACUCAAUUGUCUCCGCAUAACACGGGGGGAACUUCGAGAAGAGCGCGGCGACUACCGCGCCCCGGCUGUCGUAGCCGUUCUUGGCCACGUCGACCAUGGCAAAACAACUCUUCUUGAUAAGCUCCGAAGUUCGCAUGUAGCAGACUUUGAAGCUGGAGGCAUUACCCAGGCGGUGUCUUCAGGAAGUCUGGUUCUCGCCUCUCAGAAUCAAAGACUUACCUUCAUCGAUACCCCAGGCCAUGCGGCAUUUGCUUCGAUGCGGAAGCGCGGUGCCGCAGCAACGGAUCUGUGUGUUUUGGUCGUCGCAGCCGAUGAGGGCGUGAAGGCGCAAACCCUCGAGUGUUUGGACAUCAUUCGAAAGUCUGGGACGCCUUGGAUUGUUGCGUUGAAUAAAGUAGACAAACCAGGAGCUGACAUUGAGAGAGUGAAGAAACAGUUUGCGGAUCUCGGCGUCAUAAGCGACGAUGCUGGAGGAGACAUUCCGUUCAUCCCGAUCAGCGCCAAGACGGGAGAAGGCUUGGACCAGCUGGAAGCGGCUCUCACUCUCCUCCAAGAGGAUAUGCCGCAUUUGUAUGGGGCGGGACCUCCGUCGGACGCCAGCCGCGCGCAUGCACGGGCAGCAAGAGGCUACGUUCUCGAAUCGCGCAUGGAUAAGCAAAAAGGACGAUGCAUUCAGGUCAUUGUAAGGAGUGGCUGGUUGGAGCCUGGCAAGUGGGUAGUUAUCGGUCGCAACUCUGGGCGGAUCAAGAAAAUUUGGCGAAGCGGUGAACACGUGGAGCUCAAGAUGGCGGGACCCAAUGAAGCCGUGGAAAUUGCCGGCCUAGGAGAUCUGCAGGCCUCGGCAGGCCAGGCACUCGUGCAAGCAGCGAAUGCACAGCAAGCAGCCAAGUUGGCUGGCAUGGCGGAGAGGCUUGACUUGAGACGCCAGCUUCGUCGGGCAGAAGCAAGCACUGCGCAAGCUGCAAAAUUUGCGGUUGAGGAUCUGGCACUGAAAACUGCGUCGAAUCUGAGACGAAAGCAGAGGAAACUGUCGAAGUACAAGCAGGCUGUGCAAAACAUCAAAUUCGUGGAUGAAUUGACCGACGACGAUUCAGAAGAAGCCGACGCCGAGGACUUGAUCACCACCAGACAAACAGUCGUCCAAGGUAUACCACAAAUUGGUUUCAUCAUCAAAGCAGCUGACCAGGGCAGCUUGGAGGCCAUCCUGCAGUGGAUCGAUACACACAACGAGACAGUGAAGGCGGCGCAACGCCUCCCCGAGGCGGUUAGAGGCGCCUUGAAGGGCGCAGCUAGUGAGAGGCUGCGCGCGCUGGCAGAUCAGCGAAGAUCGGUGGAGCUGACAGAAGAAGAAGAGGCGGUUGAUCAGUCUGGUGAAGCACUGCAGGAAAGCGAACGCGUGCUUGCCUCACGCUGGUUGCCGAUUUGCGUGCUGCACUGCGGCGUGGGACCCAUCAGCGUCUCGGAUGUCAACAAGGCGGCGCUAACAAAUUCGUUCGUUCUCGGAUUUGGCGUGUCCGUCUUGGACAACAUCGAUCAGGUUAUACACGAAAAAGGCGUCCCAGUGAGGAAUCAGAAUAUCAUCUAUCGUCUGUUUGAGGACAUCGAGGCCCUCUACGAGUACCACUUCGGAUCGGAGUUUGUGUACAACCAAGUCGGACGCAUGGUUGUAUCACGCGUCGCUACCUUCACGCUCAAGCGGAGCAAAGGUGGUAUUCAAACGGUCGUUGGCGUCGACGUCAAGGAUGGAACUCCUUCUGUUCACCACUUUUAUUCGGUGAUGAGAGACGACAAUACUCUGGUGGAACAUCUUCAAAUCAAGUCCAUGCAGAAAAAUCGCCAGGACGUCACAACAUUGCAGAAAGGCAGUCGCCUUGGGGCCAUCAUUUUCGACUCCGAAUUCGAUGACUUCCAGGAGCGUGAUACAAUCAACGUUUUCGAAAGAAGCCAACGACUUCCUCCCGAUUUUCUCACCUCCCGACGUUACUUACAGUCUGCAUGACAUCUUGUGUUUGAGAGGCAAUGUCGAAAGCGGCUAGUGUCCCAUAACGACAAAUCAUGUUUUAGACUCGUAACGACGGUUCAUGAUGUCGUUGAAAGUUCAGUAUUACUCUCUCUUAUCUGCCCCUUGACCAUACUACUGCGCUGUACAGCAUUGACGAACGAUAGGGACUAUGGUGCGGAGAUAUACACGCGUGGAAACAUCAAAUGAAACAAACUCACGGUUUACGAAGCACACGGAUGCAGUGAGCGAUAUGCUAGCGUGUGUUCGUCUCUCUACGGUAGAUACCGGUUAUAGACUCGUCGAAGCUGCUAUCCCUUGGUUUGGGGUCUUAUUCGGUGCAUGCUUGAGAGACUCAAAUUCAAAAAUGAGAGUUUCCGGAGGAAAACUUGUUUGUUUCGGUGUCUGCGUAAGCGUGCUGAAUGUUCAACAACAGCGUUAUAGCAAAGAUGUGUUUUCAAGGCGUGUCGUGUUUCUUGGCCCGCAGUGUAUGUCGGAACUCUCAGCGACAGCGAUGUCGUAUCGCGUGAGUUCCGAUGCAUUGGAACUGAGCCGCUGAGGAUCCGCGGGUGCGUUUCUCUGAUAUGGCUCAGCACAGGCUUUUGAAACGGAGUGUUGAGUUGGCCUCGUAUCAGAAUUCAGG